GGCCACGCUGGUCCUCGCCGCCGGGGCCGCGCCGGCGCGCGAGGCGGGCAGCGCCGUCGAAGCGCAGGAGCAGGUGAAGAGUGUUCUGACGCGGGAGCCGCGUGCCAACAGCACGCGGGAGAAGACCGGCCUGCCAGCAGCUGGGAAAGAUGAGACCCCGUGGAACGCGCCCGCCGGCGAGCAGGCCAUGGUGGGCCAAGGGGUGGGGGCAGAAGAGACGCUGGAGGCAUCUGCCGCGGUGACAGACACCGCCUGGCUGGAGGCUGACAGCCCAGGCCUGGCAGGAGUGACCGCAGAGGCGGGCAGCGGUGACACGCAGACCCUUCCAUCCACUCUCCCGGCUCUUGAAGAGGUCCUCGGGCAAUCUUUGAUGACUCCCACUGCCCCUGAGGCUACAGAGGCUAGGGGACCACUCUCCCCCACCCCUGGUGACAAGCUGAGUCCAGGCUCUGAAAUCCCCAAGGAGAGCCCCUUGGAGGUUUGGCUGAACCUGGGUGCAAGCACACCUGACCCCCAUGGGCCAGAGCCCACAUACCCCUUUCAGGGCACACUGGAGCCCCAGCCGGCUUCAGAUAUAAUUGACAUCGACUACUUCGAAGGAUUGGAUAGUGAGGGCCGUGGUGCUGACCUGGGGAGCUUCCCAGGGUCUCCAGAAACCUCAGAGCACCAUCCUGAUACUGAGGGAGAGACCCCUUCCUGGAGCCUGCUGGACUUAUACGAUGACUUCACCCCCUUUGAUGAAUCUGAUUUCUACCCCACCACAUCUUUCUAUGAUGAUCUGGAGGAAGAGGAGGAGGAGGAAGAGGAUGACAAGGAUGCAGUGGGAGGUGGAGACCUGGAAGAUGACAAUGACCUUCUAGUGCCCACUGAGAGGCCUGGUCUGGGACCUGGCGUGGGCCAGCCCACCAGUCGGUGGCACGCUGUACCUCCACAGCAUACUCUGGGGAUGGGUCCUGGCAGCAGCAUUGCGCUCAGACCCCGCCCAGGAGAGCCAGGCAGGGACCUGGUCGCUGGCGAGAACAGCACCGAGUGUCGCAGCGGCUUUGUGCGGCAUAACGGCUCCUGCCGGUCAGUGUGCGACCUCUUCCCGAGUUACUGUCACAAUGGCGGCCAGUGCUACCUGGUGGAGAACAUAGGGGCCUUCUGCAGGUGCAACACUCAGGACUACAUCUGGCACAAGGGGAUGCGCUGCGAGUCCAUCAUCACCGACUUCCAGGUGAUGUGCGUGGCUGUCGGCUCAGCUGCCCUCGUGCUGCUCCUGCUCUUCAUGAUGACUGUGUUCUUUGCCAAGAAACUCUAUCUGCUCAAGACAGAGAACACCAAAUUGCGGAGGACCAACAAAUUCCGGACCCCAUCUGAGCUUCACAACGAUAACUUCUCCCUCUCCACCAUUGCUGAGGGCUCUCACCCAAAUGUAAGGAAAUUUUGCAGCACUCCCUGUUCCUCCUCCCCUCAUGCCCAUGUCUUGGCUCACUAUGAUAACGUUAUCUGUCAGGAUGAUCCUAGUGCUCCCCACAAAAUCCAGGAAGUUCUCAAGUCCUGCCUGAAAGAGGAGGAGUCAUUUAACAUCCAGAACUCCAUGUCCCCCAAACUUGAGGGUGGCAAAGGUGACCAGGCUGACUUGGAUGUGAACUGUCUUCAGAAUAACUUGACCUAAAGCAGAGCAAGAAGAGAGGAAGUGGGGGUGGGGGGAGGGGAAGAAACAUUAUCUCCUCUUGUACAGUCUAUUUCUUGUAACCAUUUGUUAAACUCUUCUUUUUCUGAUCUCAUGGCAUGCUUUGGUGUAUUUUGUACAGGAGGGGAAAAACACAAAAUAAGCAAAGAACCUGAACAGGAUUGCAUACAUUGGAUUGUUUUGUCUGUGCUGUCUGUACAUUGCUUCUGCUGCUGUGAUUUCUAAACCUAUGCUGUUAUUCAACUGACUUUUUUUUUGUACUUUGACCCACCUUUUUUUGAAAUACCAGUAAAAAACAAAAUUCUUGAAAUAAAACUUUUUAAAAAG